UCAAGCAUGCUCAAGCCAUCUUCAAAAAUCCUUCCGGGUCCGCGACAAAAGUUCCGCGCAUUUUGUUUGCAUUUGCAGCCAUGACCCAGCAAGUGCAGCCUGUGGCGCCAUUCGAGUCGAGCCCCAACACGAAGAAAAUGAAGGAGAAAGCAGCACAGAUUCGCAAGAGCUUCCAGCGCCCAAAGUUUUGGGUCAUGGGCUUUGGCUGGUGCCUUGCGGCCUGUGCGGGAGCAGCCAAUGUGAUCGCUUUCAAGAGUUGGAACCUCUAUGCCUCCCAUGUGACCGGGAGUACCUCAGCCAUGGCCUUCAGGUUGGAGGGCUACCACCAGGGGGAAUACGGAUCAGAAAGCCUGAAGGAAGCAUGCUUGUUGGUUUUCUCCUUCCUGUGUGGUGCAUAUGCAUGCGGUCUCUUGAUCGACAAGAAUCAAGUGCACUUCGGGGGCAAAGCCUUCUAUGGCUUGGCUCUGGUGCUGAACUCCAGCCUGCUGGCGUCAGCAGCCUUCAUUCCAGGCAGGUUGCUCCCUGUUUGCCUAGUGGCCGCAGCAUGCGGCUUGCAGAAUGCCAUGUGCACCUCCCACUUUGGUGCCAUUAUUCGCACCACACAUGUAACUGGCACUAUGACCGAUAUCGGCUCAACCUUUGGGCGAAUCAGCAUGAUUUACCUCCGAAAAGGUUGCAGGCGUUCCAAUUUGAACGACGUGGAGCGGGCCGAAGUGGGCGUUGAUGCGAGAAAGUUGGCUGUGCUGUUCGGGCUUUGGAGCUUUUAUUUCAUGGGAGGUCUCUUCGGAGUCUACAUGGAAAACAUCAUCCCUGGACCCCCUCAACGUGCCUUGCUGCUCCCAGCUGCCUUCACUGGAAGUGUUGGUCUCUUCUACAUGGCAUGCCGCCAGAUUUUGAAGGACUACAUCAAGAAGUUGGAGCGUGAAAGGUUCGAAGCAGACUUGAAGGAAGCACAGGAUGUCCUGGCGCACAUGGGGAGUCGGCUGCAAGACCUGGAGCACAACGACCAGUCGGUGGUGGAAUUGGAUGCGGAGAUGGGGCACAUGAUCGAUGCACUCCAUGAGGUGGAGGCCGACUUUGAGAACCUGGUGCGAACACACAGCCGGAUGCUGGAGCGAACGGAUAGCGCCACCAGCAAACCUGACAAAGCGUGAUCGCUCUGUUCUUCGCCCCCAUACCGUCCGUAGCGCGGCGGCCCACAGUACUUAUGACUUCAAGCUUUCCUGUGCCGGACAGAUGAUGGCUCGCAAAGACUGCUCAAAUGAGCACCUUUAAUUCGAAUCCUGGCACUGUUUCGCACAGCCAGUCAUGCCCGGGCACUUGACAUCGUGGCACUUCCCCAACAAGUGCUGCCGUAUAGUCUCAGGUGCACCAAGGCCCAAAUUUAUUGAAAUCCCCGCUGGGCCCCUGGUGGCUUGUGAGACCUAAGGGUCUCUCCCCCUGGUGGAGCGAGUAGCUGCCACUGUGGGAUUGCUGUUCUUUUCGGGGCUUGCAGCCUUCCACCUCUGUUAGGUGUAGAAAAAUAUCUAGUGGGAGGCUGUGGCAGCAACACCCUGCACGCUUUUGGCUUGAAGGCUAGACUUUGAUGAGCAUAGCGAUGGUCAAAGCCAUGCCUCGGCCUAGACCCAAAUCUGGUUGGCAGAAACAGUAAAA